CCUAUUAUUUCAUUUUUAUAAAAACUAUAAGACUAGAUAAAGAAAAGAAAUUCUCAAUUUAUUUCUCUACGAGGAACAGUAUAGUUAGUUUUGCAUCAAACGUGGAAAUUGAUAAAUACAACGAACCACGUAAAUACUAGUUUCUAUGACUACGAUAAGCAAAACAUUGUUAUUUCCCGUCGCGACGUCGCAGAUAUCCCACCAGUCCUGUCAAAUAAAUGCAUGAUACACUGUCAAUCAUUAUCGAUUCCCUCUAUCUCCUAAUUAACAUCCAAAUUCAAAUAAACACUUGCAAUUGACAUUCUAAUCUAAAGAGCUCAUUUACAAGAAAUGGAGUCCGAGAAAAACUUAAUUUCUGGUUCUGGUAAGAGCGGAGAACGACCGAUUACUCGAUGGCGACGAGACCAGGAGGACGCGACUAGUACCCCGAGCAAGAUGGACACCAACAGGCCGCCAACGGGCAUCGUUAGACCUCAGAGCAAGUACGAGCGGCCUAAAUCUCGACGCGGGCAUAAGGACGAGUCAUCGGAGUAUGUUAGUUCAGCUACGUAUCGUUCAGCAACACCCGGACGCCUCGCUUUAGCGAGACCACCAUCGGCAUCCUUUCUCUCUAAUCGUGCACCGACUGCAGGCUCAAGCCUCAGAAUAGGUUCUGGACUGAAUCGUACCAGCACAGGAUUAGCAACCGCCAAGCAGUUCAACGUCAGCAUGCUGGACAGGCCGAUUACGCAACAUGGGAUAGCGGGUGUACGACCUGGCACCACUAGGGGUCUGCCAAUGACAAGACAGAUUCAAGAUAAGAGAUACUAUGAGGGCCUGCUGCAGUUGAAAAUAAGGGAACUGACGCAAGAGAUUGCAACAAUAAUGAAGGACAUUGAAGCGCAGAACAAGGAGAAGGCCACUUUUUUGCACUAUGAUAAGAGAGCCAAGAGUCUGGCCGCGGAGUUGACGACUCUACAGGCUGAAUUAGCCGACUAUAAUCUUGUCGUGGAUAAAAUGACUCUGGACGUUGACAAGGAGGUGAUCGAACAAGAGGCCAAGGAGCUGGCACUGAUGAAUGAACGUAGGAUGGCGGAAGUCGAGCGAAUGUUCGAGCAACGAAAACAGAUGGAACAGAGAUUGCACAAGAUGGAAAAAGAUAUUGAAAAUGAGAGAAAAAGAACCGAACAUAUAAUUGAAAGUAUGGAUCCGCAUACAAAGGCAAAGUAUGAUGAUCUGUUUCGACAAAAGACGGAAUUGCAGGAACAAGCUCAACAGAUGCAACGCGAAUUGGACCAGUUGUCCAAAGAGCAAGCACACUUGGAAGAACAAAUUGCUCUUUCCCAACUGAAACAGGAGGCAGUGAAGCUGCAAGUGAGAAUCAUCGAAGCGGAAGAGAAGCGGGACAAAUUGCAGGAGGAAGAACGUAAAAAAUUGUCGCCGGAAGACGAGAGAGAGCAACUUCUGCAGAAGAUCAAGCGUGACAAUACCGACAUUGCCGCGACGGAAGCUCAAAUAGCCGAGAAGGAGAAGAAGGUAGCGGAACUCGAGCAACAACUAGAGCAGCUGGAAACCAAUAUAGAGGAUAAUCAGUCGGAGAAGCAAGUCAAAUAUCAGGAACUGCGUAAACGCGAAGAGAUGAUGGAGGAGUUUAUGUCCACGUAUGAACAGAGCAAACAGGAAGAAAUGGAAAGGCUGGAAAAACUUGAGCGAGAAAUUGUUAACAAGUUAGAGACCGUGGCAAACACAGUGGAGAACAACGAAUAUCUUACAGAAGCCGAAGAAACAGCUAUUUUGCGCGAUAAAUUUCCAUACAACGAUUAUGAAACUAUCCACCUCGAAGAUAAUUUUGAAGAACUAAAGAAAGAUUACGCAACUAUGCAACAGACGUUCAACAGAUUGAGGAUCCUAGAAGAGAAACUACAGCUAGAAUCCAAGCAAAUGAAAGAGAAGUUGAAAAAGCAACAGAGCGAGUUGAUCGUUCUAGAGGAUCUGGAUGGCUUGAAAACGCGAAAUAAACUCGAACGGGAUGAGCUGAUCGUCGAAAAAAAAGAACUGGUGUCUGAAGAAUCUAUUUGUGAGGACGAGCUGAAGUCACUACGAGCGGAAUAUAAUGCGCUUAAAGAAAAAGUAGAGAAAUAUGCAAUUUAUCCGGAAAUUAGUAGCUUAGAAGAUAAGUUAGAAAAAUUGAAAGAAGAUAAUAAAAAGAUCGAAGAAUUUAUAGCUAAAGAAAAGGAACGUAUUAAUUACGAGCCGCUCAAAGAUAAAGCUUUCAAACUAAUUAACGAUUACAGCUUGUUACUUCAAGAAAAUCUAAAAUCUGUUUAUUAGAUAAACUUACUUCCUGUAUGUAAUAGUACUUUUAUACUUCUGUUUAUUAUAAAAUAAUAAUAUAGUAGAUAUAUACAAAAUAAUAAAUAGAGAAUAAGACAGCAGAAAUUCUCACAGAGUCAAAAAUCUUUUUUUCCAAAUUAUAUAGUUUGUUAAAUUUCUCUUACAAAUUCCAAUUUGACUACUUUACUUUUAAAUUAUAGUUAUCUUAUAUGUAUUGUUGUUAUUCUUAAUAUUAAUUACUAAUGUUUAUUUUACUUUUAUUACAGUCGAACUCUGAAGGAAGCGGAAUUUUAUUUGACAAUAAAAGUGCAACAAAAUUCUUCUCAAA